CUUAUUCCCAUAUUCAUUAUCCCUCCCAAUUUCAGAAAAUUGAAUCAGUCUUAUUUUUCAUAGUAUUUUGGGUUAGGGUGUGUGCGCGUGUGUCUGUGAGAGACAGACGGCUGAAUUUGUUCCUAUUGAUAUGGGUCUGGACUUAGUACUAGUACUAUGUUUGUUCGUGUUGAGGUUCGGUGGUUUGGAGGGGCAGAUGGUGCCGGCAGUCUUUGUGUUCGGGGACUCGCUCGUAGAUGUCGGGAACAACAACCACCUCAAGCUCUCCCUCGCGAAAGCGAAUUUCCGGCACAAUGGGAUCGACUUCCCUGGGAAGAAGCCCACCGGGAGGUUCAGCAAUGGCAAGAACGCCGCGGAUUUUCUAGCUGAGAAGGUGGGCUUGCCACCUUCACCGCCAUAUCUCUCCCUCAUCUCCGGCUCCAACAAGAAUAACGCAUCAUCUUUCUUGACCGGCGUGAGCUUUGCCUCCGGUGGCGCGGGUAUCUUCGACGGCACCGAUCAGCUCUAUAGGCAGUCGUUACCUUUGUCGAAGCAAGUGGAGUACUACUCGAAGGUGCACGAUAGCCUGGUGAAACAGCUGGGAUCCUCUGCGGCGCAGAAUCUUCUCCGGAAAUCUCUGUUCGCCGUUGCGAUUGGAAGCAAUGACGUGUUUGGGUACUCUGGAUCGUCCGAUCUUGGGAAGGGCCGCACUCCCCAGCAGUACGUUGACCAGAUGGCCUCCUCAUUGGAAGGUUAUCUCAAGCGCUUAUAUGGUUACGAUGCGCGUAAAUUUGUGAUGGUGGGGCUGGGUCCGAUCGGAUGUUGCCCAUCCCAGAGGAACAAGAACAAGACUGAAGAGUGUAGCGACGAGACAAAUCGCCUGUCAUUCCUAUACAACCAGGCGCUCAUGGCAAUGUUGCGUUCGUUGCAGUCGGAGCUCAAAGACGUGAGCUACUCUUACUACGAUACCUACUCGGUCAUGCAAAACUUCAUCCAGAAACCAACUUCCUAUGGAUUUACGGAGGUGAAAGCGGCCUGCUGUGGACUAGGGAACCUGAAUGCCAAAGUGGCAUGCCUUCCCAUAUCAAAGUAUUGUCCCAGCAGGAGAGACCACUUGUUCUGGGACCUCUACCAUCCAACCGAAGCAGCCGCUCGCAUGUUCCUCGAUGAUGCCUUCGACGGCCCUCCCCAGCACACCUUCCCUGUAAAUGUCCGUCAGAUGAUCGCCCAAUAAAAUCGCAGAAACAAAGCCCGGAAACGAUGAUCCUUUCUUAUGAUGACAUAUAGUGUAGAAGACCGAUUUGCGCUGAUUGCACUCCUACGCCAUAUGUCCCCGUCCGAUGUGGAACAUUGUCUUUCACGUGCUAGUUUUUCUCCUCAUGCCAUGCGACAAUGAAAGAAUAAUGGUUAAGUUUUUUAAAAUAAGUAAAGAGUCAUGUACACGCUCGAAAAAAAAAAAAAUUUGUCAUACAUAGACAGGUAGAAUUAGUGAAGGUGAUUUUUCCUUUCUUGAAUUCCAACUUUCGAACUGCUUCGAUGUUUUCUCCCCUCAUGAGGAUGACUGGGCCAAAUGAGACCCCCUAUCAAAAGUUCACAAUAACUCGUAGCAUAUACAUAUAUGAUCACUCAAUAAGGUUUUAAACAACACCUAUACAA